AUGGCCAACAAUGGAAGUGCCCAGCAGAUGAGGUGGAAGGCGCAGGCCACCUUGACCCCAGAGAACAGCGCUGGGAACUACUUGGGAGAGCCGCUUGGUGAAUGGAACCCGAGGACCCCUUCCUCUUACCGGUUCCCACCAAGGUCGACCCUUUCCCACGCAACACUGGCUCAGCCCACCCCAAAUGACUCCAAAACAGUCACUGGGGCCUUCAGACUGCCGGUACUGACGCUGCCCUAG